GGUGUUUCUUCCUCACGACUCGCUUCUCCUUCUUCUUCACACGAGAUGAUCAGAGCGCUUUGACAUCGACAAUGGAGAAACUGAGAAGAGCAGUUCGCGAGAUCGCGUACUCGCGAGAUCGCUCGCAGCUCUCCUCGCGGCACCGCUCUCUCUUGCCUCUCCUGUCAAUCGCUUCCUCCGUGUACGGCGUCGCCCUCUCCCUCCGCCGCCACCUCUACCGCUUCCGCCUCUUUUCCAAGCACCGAUUGCCGGUGCCGGUGAUAAGCGUGGGGAAUUUGACUUGGGGAGGCAAUGGGAAGACGCCGAUGGUCGAGUUCAUUGCAGCUUUGCUUGCUGAUUCCGGCAUUUCGCCUCUUAUUCUCACCAGGGGUUAUGCUGGUGGGGAUGAAGCUAGAAUGCUUCAAAGGCAUCUCCUUGGGAAGUCAGCAAAUGUUGGUGUCGGCGCUAAUCGAGCAGCAACCGCUGCUGCUUUCAUCGAAAAGUAUGGUUACCGUGACCCUCGUACCUGUGAACAUCUCGAAGGAGACUCCACUGACCAGAAAAUGGGGGGAAAAGCGGGGAGCAAUGGUCAAAUUCGUUUCAAUCACUGCUGUGAGGAAAUUGGUGCUGCAAUUCUAGAUGAUGGAAUGCAGCACUGGCAAUUGUCACGUGAUCUGGAUAUAGUGAUGGUUAAUGGGUUAUGCCCAUGGGGAAAUCAUCAGUUACUUCCACUCGGACCUCUGCGAGAACCUUUAACAGCACUUGGGAGAGCAAAUAUUGCUGUUAUACAUAACGCAGAUCUGGUGCCUGAGCAAACUCUCGCAAGCAUUGAGUCUGCUAUUCGAGAAGUCAACAAAUCUAUAAAAGUUUUCUUCACUAGAAUGGCUCCAGCAUACUUCUUUGAAGUGGCAAACAUGGAUUCCGUUAUACCUCUAGAGGCAGUGUCCAACAAUGUUGUAUUAUGUGUCUCUGCAAUUGGUUCUGCAGAUGCUUUUGUCAAGAGUGUUGAAAAGCUUGGAGCCAUUCAUGUUGAACGCUUGGACUUCAGUGACCAUCACUUAUUUCAGACUAUGGAAAUUGACAUGAUUAAGAAGCAGCUUAAGGACUUGGAGAGCAAAUUCAGUUCCAGGCCAACCGUCAUUGUUACAGAAAAGGAUUAUGAUCGAGAUCCAGAGAUUUUGAAGCAUCUAAGUCCUUACAAAUCUUGGGCGCUCUCUGCUAAGUUGCAGUUUAUACCUCACAAAGGAUGCAGUGGAAUUUGCUUCAAGAAUUUAUUGGAGGAACUACUGCAAGUAAAAUUAUCAGGUGUACCCUACACUUAAAGCUGGUGCCAUGUAAUAUGGCAAUUGUAUGUGUCCACCUGCCUGCCUUCAGGUUUCCAGUGAUCUGGAGGAGCAAUGCUGCUAAUUCGCAUGAUCGAGUCUGAACAUCCUCAGCCUAUGCAAAAAGACCAUCAACCAUCAAUCUUCCUGUUCCUAGAUCCUUUCACCCAAGUCCGUCUCGAUCUAUUAUUCUAACAGAUAAGGUCGAAGAAUCAUCUCCCCAUGAAGUUAAAAUGAUUUACAGGGGUUGCAGGAAGAAGUGCUUCUUCAACAAAGGAACCAGAGAAAAAUCCAAACCCAGAAGUCGGAGCCUACGGGAAUAUGAAGCACAUUUACCUUAGCUGCAUAAAUGCAAAAAAAAUAAAAAAAAAUAAAAACCCGAGCAGGUAGACAAUACAUAUAACAGACAGUAAUUUCACUUCUGUUAUUGUAUUAUCCUUUCCCCUUUUUAUACCAAUCCAGUCCUCUUUUCCACUCGCGGAUGUCGUUUGCUAGAACUCUGUGCAUUUGUAGGAAUUAGUCGAAUUCCAACAUAAUCUUGGUAAAGUUCGUGCA